AUGUCUCUUGAAAAAGCCGAGGUGGAGGAAACCCUGAAGAGAAUUCAGAGUCAAAAGGGAGUUCAAGGGAUCAUUGUUGUCAAUACAGAAGGUAUUCCUAUCAAAAGCACCGUGGAUAAUUCCACCACAAUGCAGUAUGCAGGCUUAAUGCACAACUUAAUCAUGAAGGCAAGGAGCACUGUGCGAGAUAUUGAUCCGCAAAAUGACCUCACGUUCUUGCGGAUUCGCUCCAAAAAGAAUGAAAUCAUGGUUGCUCCAGAUAAAGACUACUUCCUGAUUGUCAUUCAGAAUCCAACAGAGUGAAAAUUCUGCAAUUCCGUAUCUAUAAAUGCCAUUUCUUAAUUUAAUAUCUCCCAAAGCUGGUAGUGACUGCUUGUGCCACAUUCAUAAUAUGUAAAAAAAAAAACCUCUUUAAAAUAUUAAGCAAUUUGUUUAAUGAGUCUCUUCAAAUAACGGCAUUCUAUGAAGAAGAUGAAAUGAAAUAAGUAUGACUAAAGUCUCAAAGACAGAAUGGUUUCUUCAUAGUACAAAGUAAUUAAGUAAUCAUGGUUUAAAUGAUUAUUCUAAUAACUCUAAAUGACUUUUAUCUUUUUUGUUUUUGUUUUUAUUUUGUCACUUAUUUAAACUUGAAGUCGGCUGUUUCUUCUGUAAUGCAUUAAAAUCAAAGAAUCCAUCUAA